GGGUACCGCCGCAGCAUCACCACCACCUCCAUCCAGGGGCGGAAGGGGAGGGCUGCGGGGGACAAGCUGAAUGAAUGGGCAUCGCCUCGGUGCCGCCGGAGCCUCCGCAUAGGGGAGGGGGGCCGGGGCCGGGCCGAUCCGAGCCGGGCCCCCCCGCCGGGGCGCUGCGAGCAGCGGGGGCUGCCCCGCCGCGGGACCGGCCCGGGCACCGCCGCCUCCUGCCGCCCGGCCAGCCCAAGGAGCCCGGUGAGCACGGUCACAGAGCUGCCACCUGGCUCUGCCCACCCUCCAGCCAGCACAUGGACCACCAGCGUCAUCCAGUUCGCGAAUGACUGCAGCGUCCUGCAGAAGAGCCGCCUCGGAGUGCAGCGUCUGGACUGUCUUCAUGAAGGACAUCUCUGGAGCCUGGAGGGACACAAGGUGCACAGGAUACUGAAUCUGGUCUAGUCGCCAAGCCCAGCAAGCUGUGAGAGGUGCAGAGAAGUCUGCGGGGAUCAGGGUCGGCGCUCCUGCAAGGGCUCUGCCACACCGUCCCUGAGCGAUGCUCUAGGAAACACCGGGACCAUGAAGGGCUUAGGAGAUAACAGAAGCCGCCACCUCUCCGAGAACCUGGACUCCCCUCAAGACUCUCUUUAUGCCCCCCAGGACAGGAACCCUUAUCUCCUCAGCCCAACUGACUCCUUCACCAUGGACCCCCGAUUCCCAGCCCAGAAUACCCUCCAUGGCGACUGUCUCCUUCCACUCAACAACCAGAUCUCCAACAGCAGCACUUUCCCCCGCAUCCAUUACAACUCCCACUUUGAGGUCCCAGAUGACAACCCUUUUCCAAGCCAUGCCCAAGCCACUAAAAUCAAUCGCCUGCCUGCAAACCUCCUUGACCAGUUUGAGAAGCAGCUGCCCAUCCACAGAGACGGCUUCAGCACCCUCCAGUUUCAGAGGAGCGAUGCAAAGCACCGGAGCGAGAGCCCUGGGCGCAUCCGGCACCUUGUCCACUCUGUCCAGAAGCUGUUCGCCAAGUCCCAGUCUCUGGAGGGACCCACCAAAGGCAACAUGAAUGGCAAGAAGGGGGCAGAUGACGCCAAGCAAAACCGGAGGAGCAAGAGCAAAGACCGAGCGAAGACCUCCGAGCCCAAACGCAGGACCAGAUCCAACAUAUCAGGCUGGUGGAGCUCAGACGACAACUUAGACAGCGAUACUUGCAGCUACCGCAACCCAAUGGGCCUCAUGACACUGGGCCGGCAGCCAGACCACAGCCAGCCGAAGUAUUUCAUGCACGCUUACAACACCAUCAGCGAGCACAUGCUGAAAUCCUCCAAGAGCAAUAACGACCUCAAGGUCACCCCUUGCACCAAUAUCCCCAUCAACAAUGACUCCAACUACAUUAAGAGGGGCUCCUGGUCCACACUGACACUCAGCCAUGCUCGGGAAAUGUGCCAGAAGGCCUCCGCCACGAUCGACAAAGCCUUGCUGAAGUCCAAGUCCUGCCAUCAAGACUUGGCCUACCACUACCUGCAGCCUGACGGAGGGCUGUGGGCACAGCUGGGUGGCGUGACCCCGGCCAGCAGCUGGGCAUCCCCACCGCUCGGCUGGGAGGACACGGGUGCCACCCCGCUGCAGCCAAGCGAGCCCCCGCGGAGGUGGGACGAGCCCCUCAGCCCCGGGCCAACCGACGCAGGCAGCAGCCAGGUGCCUCAGGGGGAGUGGAACAAUACGCUGUCUCGGGACAAAGACAGUGAGAUCCCGUGCCGGCGCAUGCGGAGCGGGAGUUACAUCAAAGCCAUGGGGGAUGAUGACAGCGAAGACUCAGAAACCAGCCCCAAACCAUCCCCAAAAACUGCAGCUCGGAGGCAGAGUUACCUCAAGGCCACACAACAGUCCCUGAGUGAGCAGAGCACCACCCAAAGGAGCCUGGACCGCCUGGACUCUGUCGAGAUCCUCCUACCUCCGAAGUUCCCAACCUGGGAGGAAGAAUACAACCAGAUCUCCGACAGUGUCAACGAGUCCAGUUGCAUCAACCAGAUCUUUGGACCCCCCUCACUUAUCCCUCAGAUAUUUACCCAUGGAGAGCAGGCACCCGAGCCGGAGCUGGGGGAGCAGUUCGAGGCGGCCUGUGACUCUACCUACAGCGAGGCCGAGUCGGCCGCCGCGGAGGUGCUGGACCUGCCUCUGCCCAGCUAUUUCCGCUCCCGGAGCCACAGCUACCUCCGAGCCAUCCAGGCAGGCUGCUCCCAGGAAGAGGACACGGGUUCCAUCCGCUCCAUCUCCCCUCCGCCGGCCGGCAGCCUCAGCGGCAGCAGGACUCUGCCCACCAACAGCAGUUCAUCAUGCCUAGUGGCAUAUAAAAAGACUCCACCUCCUGUCCCACCUCGGACCACAUCCAAGCCGUUCAUCUCUGUCACUGUGCAGAGCAGCACUGAAUCGGCGCAGGACACCUACCUGGACAGCCAAGACCACAAGAGUGAGGUGACCAGCCAGUCAGGACUCAGCAAUUCCUCAGACAGCUUGGACAGCACCAGGACACCCAGCGUGACAAGAGGAAGUGUUGUGACUCCAGCGAGAGACACUCCAGAGUUACCCCAGAAAAAUGCAACUUUGAAAAGCGACAAAGGGACUCUGACGAGCGAAGAGCCGAAAGUGGAGAAUAUCCCCAAAAGAAAGCUGUCGUCUAUAGGAAUACAAGUUGACUGCCUUCAGCCAGUGGCAAAAGAGGAGCCUCCUCCACCAGUCACCAAAUUCCAGUCCAUCGGGGUACAGGUAGAGGACGAGUGGCGAAGCAGCCACUCUCGCAGCAUGUCCUCCAAACAGGACACAGACUCUGACACGCAGGAACCCAAUAACUCUAGCUGUAAAUCAUCUGAGAGAAGCCUCGCUGAGUGCCCCCAACACAACAACUCCGCUGGGGUUGAAGCCACUACCAGGCAACCAGCCAAGCCCUCGCAGAUUAAGAGAAACCUCUCCUAUGGAGAUAACAAUGACCCAGCCCUGGAGCCUUCCUCUCUCCCUCCUCCCGACCCCUGGCUCGAGACGUCCUCCACCUCGCCAUCAGAACCCACGCAGCCAGGAGCCUGCCGGCGGGAUGGGUACUGGUUUCUGAAGCUGCUGCAGGCGGAAACGGAGCGGUUAGAAGGCUGGUGCCGCCAGAUGGACCAGGAGACCAAAGAGAACAAUCUCUCUGAAGAAGUCUUAGGAAAAGUCCUGAGUGCAGUGGGCAGCGCGCAGUUACUAAUGUCACAGAAGUUCCAGCAAUUCCACGGCCUCUGUGAACAGAACUUGAACCCUAAUUCCAAUCCCAGACCCACAGCCCAGGACCUCGCUGGGUUUUGGGACCUCCUGCAGUUGUCCAUUGAAGACAUCAGCAUGAAGUUCGAUGAGCUGUACCACCUGAAAGCUAAUAGCUGGCAAUUGGCAGAGACACCGGAGAGAAAGGAAGAGAAGAAACCACCCCCUCCCGUGCCAAAGAAGCCAGCCAAGUCCAAAUCCCAACUGAACCGGGACAAAGCUUCUGAUUCAGACAAGCAGCGCCAGGAGGCUCGCAAGCGGCUCAUGGCAGCCAAGCGGGCUGCCUCCGUCCGGCAGAACUCAGCCACGGAGAGCGCGGAUAGCAUCGAGAUCUACGUACCCGAGGCACAGACCCGCCUUUGAGCGAAGGGGCAGAGGAAGGAACCACAUGGUUUUUAUAAGUCAUUAAAAAGGAAAAAAAAAAAGGGGUUCUCUCUAAACUAGUGUGAUUUAUUCAGUCUAGAGACAAUGAGCCAUCCUUGAAAAGGGCUCCCGAGUUGGCUUUUUUCUCUCAGCUUUAAGUAAUGAAGAUUUUAAAAAAAAAAAAAAAGAAAAGAAAAAAAAAAAAGAAAAAAAUCCCCCUUGUUUUCGCACUGGCUGUGGUGUUGCGGAACGGACUGGACAGACUCCUGGAAACUCCAGCCCCUCGACUUGGAACUUCAGUCUUUUUACUUGUUCUAUCUAAUGAGAAUUACGAGCUUGUUUACAAGAAGAAGACAAGAAAACAUGAAGCCUCGAGCACUUGCCAUGCUGUGUUCCUCCUCCUCUGUUCUGUUCUUCCUUCUCAUCCUUUAUUUUUUCCUGCCACUCCCUUUAUCCCACCUUUUGCAUGGCUUUGUUUACCGUGUUAGAAAUAACCUCUCUUCCACAGAGCUCCCGAAGAGAACACCUUUCAGUGUGUGCUACCGUCGCACUCUGCUCGCCAGCAGCCUUUCCUGGGGUUUUUUGUUUUCCUUUUCAUGGGGAUGUCACGGCGGGGCGGGGGGAGGGAGGACGGGUGGGUAGGGAAAGGGCAGCAGGUUUGUAUUCCUUGAUUUAUUGAAGUGAGAGGAUGAUGGGGUCUGUGGAAUGUAAUGCAGAGUUGUCAAAACGCAACCCAGAAGCAAAUGUGCAAUAAGCUGGCAAAGGGAGACGGGACGGCGCUUGGAGGCUGCUCCCGAGAGCGGAUCCAGGCGGAGGGCAGCCGAAGGACUGCGGAGCAACGGCAGGCACGAGACACACAUGCUUCACUUUGAUUUUUCUCCUCUUCCCUUUACAAAAUUAUUUUCCUUGAAUUGCUUGUUGAGAAAGAAGCUGCUGCACCGGGGGAACCUGUUUCUGGGGAAGGGGAGCGCUGGAGGAGAGGGUGUUUUGGGGUGGGGGGACCGGGUUUUGUACAAAGAGAAGGGCAGGGGUGGCUGGCGGGAGGCUGCCUGCCUGUACGUAUGUGUACAUAUGCACAUAUACACUUAGUAGUACCUGUACAUUGAAUUCAUACACACGUAUACAUGCCCGUACGCACAGCGCAGACGGUGCAUCUCGCAGCACCUUGGUGAGAAUGGGCAUAUGUAUAGCAUAUAUUUUUACAUGUACUAUAUCUAGAUGUGUGUAAAAGUGUGUGUAAAAAUAUAUACCCUGUGUGUAAUCAGAUGACUAUUUUUUCCUUAUCUCCCUGCUCUCUGGGUAGAGGAAGGAUUGCUAAAUAUUUUUUAGCCCAUUUUCCCCUUUGUAGGUCUCCUUUUCAGUCUGACUUCUCGAAGCCAGAACUUCCACCACCUUUGCCGCCCCCUCCAAACAAGCAUUCGGCCCCAUACUGAGCGAGAAGGCUGGGGAUUUGGGUUUUUUUUCUCUUCUUCACUUGCUUGAACGAGUUGGGAGAUUGUGUGCUACUGUCAGGGGGUGGGGGCAGAAUCCCAAAGAAGUUUCAGCGAGGGUGUUGGUGAUCCAGAAGGCAAAAAAUAAAUAAAAGUGAAAUCCUGACUGACCCC